AUCAUCUGUCACCAGAUGAUCUGCAGUAUUCUGAAAAUACUCAAUUCUAUAUUUCCACUCCUGGUGAACCAAGUCAUACUAUGGCUUCCCUCUUGUGGUGCCUGGAGGCUGUGGGGCCUGAAUGGGGAACAACAGGCUUUGACUGAAUCCUGUCUUGUCUCAUUUAAACAGUUUCUGGGAUUUUUGAAGAAGACAACAGCUGAGAAGAGGAUGGAUUUGACAUGGACAGAAAUUCUACUUCUUCUCUGUAUACUUUUCACCCUUUUUUCAUCUUUCCAAAUGUAUAAGAAAAAAGGGCAGCUGCCCCCUGGACCUACUCCAUGGCCUAUUCUGGGGAACAUCUUUCAGCGAGAUGUACUACCUCUGUAUAAAUAUUAUGAAAAGCUUUCUGUGAAAUAUGGACCUAUAUUUACUGUCUGGAAUGGAUCAAAGCCAAUGGUUGCUCUUUGUAGUUAUGAAGUGGUAAAAGAUGCUUUGAUAGAUCAUUCAGAAGAAUUUGGUGGGCGAACAGAAAUGCCUGCACAUAAGCGAUUGUUCCGUAAUAAAGGUUUGACCAGUACUAAUGACAAGAAAUGGAAGGAGCUGCGACGGUUCACACUGUCCACCUUGCGAGAUUUUGGGAUGGGGAAAAAAAGAAUGUCUGAGAGGGUGCAGGAGGAAGCUCUUUGUCUGGUGGAGGAAAUGGCUGCCACAAAGGGGCAGCCUUUUGACCCAAGAAGAAUUUUUUCAAGUGCUGUUUCUAAUGUGAUCUGUGCAGUUGUCUUUGGCAAUCGAUUUGAUUACAAAGAUCGAAGCUUCAUAGAGAAUCAGAAGGUUAUGGAAUCUCAAUUAAGAUACUCUGUUAGUUUCUUAGGACUGGUAUACAAUACAUUUCCAAAACUAGUGGAAUACUUUCCUGGGCCACACAAAGACAUUUUUGCUGAGGCUGAGCAUGUCUGUGAAUAUAUCCGUGAGAAGGUGGAAUUGCACAAAAAGACAUUGGAUUCCCAGAACCCACGUGACUAUAUCGAUUGCUUCCUUCUUAGAAUGGAGAAGGAGCAGAAUUCAUCUGAGGGUAUCUAUACUCCUGAAGAUCUUGUGAUUAUUGUGUUUGGACUUUUUAUGGCUGGGACAAUAACCACAAGCCAUGCUUUGCUCUGCAGCCUUCUAGCGAUAGCUAAAUUGCCACACAUUCAAGCUAAGGUGCAACAGGAGAUUGAUGAGGUGGUGGGUACAAAUCGCACGCCAAGCAUGGAAGACCGGUUGAAGAUGCCUUUCACAAAUGCCGUUGUUCAUGAGGUUCAGCGAUAUCAGAAAGGGACCCUUGAGACCUUUCCUCGGGCAACAACUUGUGAUGUAAAAUUCCAUGGUUACACCAUUCCCAAGUAUAUGCCUAUUGUACCAGUCUUCGCUUCUGUACAUUUUGACCCUCUUCAUUGGGAGACUCCAGAGAAGUUCAAUCCCAAUCAUUUUUUGGAUGAACAGGGACAGUUCAGGAAAAACGAUGCUUUCAUGCCAUUCUCAGCAGGGAAGAGGGCCUGUCCAGGGGAGGCCCUGGCUAGGAUGGAGCUCUUCCUGUUCUUCAGCACUCUGCUCCAGAAUUUCACCUUCUCUCUGGUUGGGGACACCAAAGACUCGGAUGUAAUGUCUUUGUAUAAUGACUUCAGAAAAAACCAAUACCCCCUUAUACGAGCUGUUAAACGUACAGUGGACACUUGUGGUUAAUAAUUAGGAGAAAGCACCUUUACUAAUAGAUACUCAAAUGAAGCAUGUGGCAUGGCUAUUAAUUUAAAGGCAAUCUUAAUAAAGAUAUGAAAUAAAAAUACAAUAUUUUUAUAGCAAAUAUAGUUACUCUUAUCUCUUAUCUGAUUACAUAUUUUGGUGCAAUUAAGAAUACUUCUGAAAUACUUACUAGCUUUUUCUCUAAGCUAUAUUCAGCAAAUUUUCAAUAUAUAAGAUUUUAACUUCAUACAAGGAUCUCAGUUAGAAGUAUUAUCACAAAUUAAUGUUGUGGAUUAACCUAUAUUUAAAGGUAACAAGGAAGAAUUUAUAUUGAUGUGGUUUGGCUAAAUGCAAGAUCAAAUCAUGUUUAAAUCUGUUGAUAUCUAAUGAUUGUUUUAAAGACUGACAGACUGAGUAUUUAUAUGAUUAAACUAUAAUAUUUGCUUGGCAAUAUAUAGAAUUAAAACGUGUACUAAUUUACUUCAGCUUCUGUAGUAGUGUCUGAGGUAACUGAAAUUUUAGAACCCUUAACAGAUGUGGCAUUUGACUGAAUCAAGGCAGUCAGUUUGUAAGGAAUUAAGAAUAAAAUGAAUCUUAGCAUGAGUUAUUUAUCUGAUAAAUUACUUUAUUAUUGUGGAUAAUAAAUAAUUAGAACAUCUAACUUCAGAAAAUCAAUGGUUCCAGAUGUACAAAAUGCAAAAUAUGCAUCUUAGGAUUUCAAAAUGGAAGCCAUUCCUCAGAAAAUAUUGUUUCACAUUCACUGAAUUCUUCAAAGCUUUCUUUUUCCUUUUUCAUCCACUACUGAUAAAAUCUCCUGUCGAAAGGUUUUUGCCUGAUGGCAGAUAAAUUGACCCAAGAAAGUUUUGCCUACAAAAUCAUGUAACCCAGUUACAUGAUUCUUACACAGUUAUAUCAUGUAGAAUGCACUCAACAAUCCUUCUUGUGAUUAUAGAAUUUUGUGGUAGGCAAUACCCUUUUGGAAAAAUACCCUUGGAAAAAUACCCUUCAAAAAUAUUUUAAAUUCAAUUUGAUUCUGGGAUCAAAUUGAUCUUUGAUCUUUUUUUAUUAUUUUCUGCUGGAAUUGUAAAAAAUGAAAUUGUUUGAAUCAAACCAGGUUGUCCUCAAAUCAGAGACCACUUGCAUGGCAGGAGAUUGAGGCCCAUAUAUCAAAUGUUUGAGGUCUCAAUGUCUCAUCCCAAAAGCCUCAGUUUACCCACCAUACCAUCACACAUCUGUUCUGAUGUAGGUGCUUGCUAGUUAAGUGAUGACCUCUCCCCCCAGUUUGUUGUGAUCCUCUCUAAAUUCUCUGAGGCAGAAACGGAACAUGCAGAUUGUUGUGUCCUGGGUCUGCUGAGGCAGAAGUGUUGCAAAUGGUCCCAGGGCUUCUAAAAGCUGCCCGGGACCAGACUUUUUGGCGCCGGCCUUGCGCACAUGUGCAAGGCACAAAAAGGGAGAAUUAUGAUAAGCUGUUUGGGAAACUAUAAAAGGCCUGUGAGCCUGUUGUUUGUUGAGUGGAACUGGAAUUGAAUAAAGAAGAACUUGAUUGAAA